AUGGAGAGAAUGUCUGCUUGUUUAUGUCUUGCGUUCCUGUUAUUCUCUGUUGUUGCAGAUGCAACGUAUAUUCAAAGACGUUCUCACCGUCUUUUAUCUUGGAGACAAAACAUGAAGACCUCCAAGUCAAACACAGAGUUACCCUCUCACUUUCAGACUUGUUACUUCCCUCAGAAUCUUGACCACUUUAGUUUCCAACCAGAGAGUUACAAAAUCUUUCACCAAAAGUACCUCAUAAACAGUCAUUUCUGGCGCAAAGGUGGCCCCAUUUUCGUCUACACAGGCAACGAAGGUGAUAUUGAAUGGUUUGCUUCCAACACCGGUUUCAUGCUGGACAUUGCGCCCAAGUUUCAGGCUCUUCUAGUCUUCAUCGAACAUAGGUUCUAUGGGGAGUCAAAGCCGCACAAGUUAGCCAAUACAUUGGGAUACCUGAACUCACAGCAAGCGUUGGCUGAUUAUGCGAUCUUGAUAAGAAGCCUGAAGCAGAAUCUAUCCUCUGAAGCAUCUCCAGUCAUAGUCUUCGGUGGCUCUUAUGGUGGAAUGCUUGCGGCAUGGUUCAGGCUAAAAUAUCCACAUAUAGCAAUUGGGGCAUUAGCAUCCUCUGCUCCAAUUCUGAAUUUCGAUAAUAUUGUUUCAUCUUCAAGCUUCUACGACACCGUGUCUCAGGACUUCAAGGACGUGAGUGUUAACUGUUUUGAAGUCAUCAAGAGAAGCUGGGGAGAGUUGGAAGUUUUCACCACCAUUAAAGAUGGCUUACAAGAACUCAGCAAAAAGUUCAGAACCUGCAAGAACCUACACUCUGUCUAUUCAGUCUCUGGUUGGCUAGAAUCAGCUUUUGUUGAAACAGCAAUGGUUAAUUAUCCAACAGCAGCAAACUUCAUGGCUCCACUGCCUGCUUAUCCAGUGGAGCAGAUGUGCAAGAUCAUCGACGAGUUACCUCUAGGAGCUAGCAAUCUAGAGCGUGCGUUUGCAGCUGCGAGUUUAUACUACAACUAUUCAGCUUCAGAGAAAUGCUUCGAUAUAGAAAACCCUACUGAUCCUCAUGGACUCGACGGUUGGGGAUGGCAGGCUUGCACAGAGAUGGUGAUUCCAAUGAGGUGCUCGAACCAGACCAUGUUUAGACCAUUCGAAAGUGAUGAUGAGAAAGCAGACCAAGAAUAUUGUCUAAGGGAAUACGGUGUCAAGCCUAGACCACACUGGAUCACUACCGAAUUCGGCGGGCAGAGAAUAGAGAUGGUGUUGAAGAGAUUUGGUAGCAACAUUAUAUUUUCCAAUGGAUUGCAGGAUCCAUGGAGCGGAGGAGGUGUCCUGAAGAACAUAUCGAGCAGUAUCAUUGCGCUUGUUACCAGAAAAGGAGCUCACCAUACGGAUCUAAGAGCUGCUACAAAAGACGACCCUGAGUGGCUGAAACAACAGAGGAGACAAGAAGUUGGUAUUAUAGAGACAUGGAUCAGUGAGUAUUUCAGUGAUCUGGGACAAGAAGAGCAAGCUAAGUGAAAAAGGACCAUUCAUUCUCUGAUUGUCAUGUGUCUGUAAUGAGUAAAAACUAUUAUCCAAUAAUAAAAGGAGUCACUGUACUUCGAAUUUGUAUUUUGAUUACCAACAAGGCAACAACAAAAG